AUGGGUCGUAGUCGAGAUCGUGAAGGUUCACUUUCAUCAACUGGUUCAGGUCGUACAGCACGAUCAAAGAAAUGGGAUGGAGACACUGGUCAUCGUGUACAUUUAUCAGAUUUAUCUGUCGGCGUUAGUAAACAUGAAAUCGAAAAAGUUUUUCGUCCAUAUGGACAAAUAAAUGAGAUUUGGGUUGCAUCUAAUCCACCUUGUUUUGCUUUUAUUAAUUUUCGUCAUCGAGCUGAUGGUGAACGAGCAAUAAAAGAACUUGACGGAACGAUUUUGGCUGGCUCACGUAUUGGUUUAAGUUGGGCUCGAGUAAGACGUUAUGGUGGACGAUCACGUCAUCGUUCACCAUCACCUUCUUAUCGUCGUGGUUAUCGAGAUUCCUAUAGUAGUGGUAGUCGUCGUCGUAAUUCACGAAGUCGUUCACGUAGUCCAUAUUAUCGAGGAUCUGGUGGUGGUAGUAGUCGACGACGAAGUCCAAUUUCUCAUUCACCAUCACCUCGUGAUAAUCGUCGAGAAGAACGACCUAAAACAUCUAAACGUGAACAUAAACGUCGCCGUCAUUCUUCAUCAAAUUCAGAUCGCAGUGAUAAACGUUCACCACGUCGAGAUAAUGGAAAAAAAACUUCACGAAGUCCAAGUAAUGAACGUCAGCGAUCAGCAACACCCAAUGGUGAUAAUCGUACUGCUAAUAGGGAUGAUAAUCGAGCUGAGUAA